CCACCCCACCCCUUCAUUCCACCCACCCAUCGCAUCCGCAAUGGCGACACGCAACGGCGACUCGAUGCCCGAGAAGAUCAGGCGGCACGACUCGUACUACAUCAUGACCGGCGAUAUCGUGUUCUUGGUCGAGCACCAUCUCUUCCGAGUUCACAGAUAUUUCUUCGAGCGCGAAUCCCCUGUCUUCCGAGAGAAGCUCGCGCUCGCGACGCCGCCCGGCCAGUCGCCGCGUGGGACGUCCGACGCGAACCCCUUUCCCAUCGAGGAUGCAACGAGCGUCGACUUUUCCCGCUUUCUUUGGGUCUUCUACAACCCCCUGUACUCGCUGUACAACGCCUCCAUCGAAGAAUGGACCUCCAUCCUCAAGCUCGCCUACCUCUGGCGCUUCGCCGAGGUCAAGAAGCUCGCCGUGCGUGAGCUCGAGAAGCAGUACAUCGCGCCCGUGCCCAAGAUCGCACUUUACAACCGCUACGACGUCGACCGUAAUCUCCUCCUCCCGUCCUACUCUGUCCUCACCACGCGCGACGAGCCCAUAUCGAUGGCGGAGGGCAUGGACUUGGGCCUCGAGACGUCGCUGCUGCUCGCGCGGGCUCGUGAACUGGCCAGAGGCAAGGAGGGCCGCCGCGCGAGCUCACCGGUGACGAUCGAGGACUCGGAGGUGCAAGGGCUGCUUACGGACGUGUUCGCGCUCAAGGACGUGCCCUUCCGCCCGACGUCGCCCGCCGCCGUGCGCGUCGACACCUCCGCCAUCUCUGCCUCUAACACUACCGCUGAGACCCCAACCGGCACUAACGCGCCCGCGACCCCCGCGAACGGCCUCGCUGCGAAGCUCUUCGGUGCGGGUGCCCCGCAGAGCCAGUACAACUCGAAUCCGGCCUCGAGCCUGUCCCCCGGUGCGGGUGCGGGCUGGGGGUUCUCCGCGGGGCAGAACCCCAAGUCGCCCACGAGCACAACGACGACACCAGGUGCGAGGGUAUUCUUUCCCACGGUAUAA